UUUAAUAGGCCGCUUACAACUUUGAAAUACCCAUUGUAGUUGAAAAACAUGUUUCAGAGCUUUACAUCACGAGUCAAUGAAAGUAACGCAAGAAUUGGCUAUAUUCGGUACAGAAAAUGUUAUGGUGGGAGAGAAGCGUUAACCAGAUUAGUUUGCAAGUAUAAAAGAGGAUGGCACAUUCCUUGAGGACAGUCGUAAGUUUUCUUCGGGUCUCGUCAACAGUUAUCGGAGUUCGAGUGGAUCGGUUCAGGCUCUCCGAUAUGAUGCUGCUACUUUUGUAUAUCUUCCAACUCUCUCUAGCAAUACCUCUGCCUGAUUCCCAGGACUCUACAUCGGUCCUACCAAAAGAUCUCAACUCUACGUCACUCUUCGAUCCUUUUGAAAUUACUCCGAAUGGGUCCACCGAUGUUGAUGUUAACCCCUCGAGUCCAGCAACUGGCGACUUAUAUGUAAUAAGAGCUGUUGUCUAUGAAGUUGGAAUUCUUACAAGCCCUGAUAAUACUACCGAUGAAUCUACAGAAAAGCACGAAGAACUCAAUAUUUCCCUGUUUGAUCCACCACGCAAGGAGGAUGGGGUUCUAGAUCUUAGCAAACUCUUUUUACCACAACUUGAUGCAAACAAUCAAACCGAUUCAAUACAUUCACUGCGAAAGAAACGUUCUGAUGAUUCCAGCGAAGAGUCUCACGAAGAAUCAUCUGAAAGCAGUACGGAGCAAGCAUUAACGACUUCACAGUCUUCGUCAACUGUUCGAUCUUCUUCGACUCCACAACAUCCAGCGAUAGAAGACACAGCAGCUUUUCUUUUUUAUUAACAUCUAUGUCCUCUCCAUGAAUCUUGUAAAUACUUGUACAGAAACAAAUCGUAUUUGUAUCGCCAUUUGGAAUUUAAGUAUUCAUUAUAUUAGGAAUAAGGCUGCUUGAUACCAUUACCGGUCUCUCCACAUUUUAUUUCUUGUAUUUAUUAUCCCUAAAUUAUAUCGCAAGAUAUUUUUAAGUUCCAUUUAUAUUUCACUUUUGGCUCAUCCCAUGUCGUAAUUUAUAGGUGUUUCUUAACUAGUUCAGGAUUGUUUCGCAAUUGCAACAUAGUUACCACAUAACUUUGCGAGUAAAAGAGUAUUUACCAAA